GAGUCAUGUGUAUAAAUGGACAAGGAUACUGCAAAAUUUGGUCUCUCACGAGAUCUGCCCCCAUCAACCAUGGCUUUCUUCGCAGAUCCCAAUUUGAAGAUAUCCUGGAUUUUCUAUCUUCUGUUUCUGCAAGCCACUGCAUUCUGCUACCAAUUCAAAGUUGGAGAUUUAGACUCAUGGGGUAUGCCGGCUUCAGUAAGUCCAAAGAUCUAUGAGAAUUGGCCUCAGAAGAAAGAGUUUCGAAUUGGUGACUCCCUCUUGUUUCUGUACCCACCAAGUGAGGAUUCAGUGAUCCAAGUCACAGAAGACGCAUACAACAUCUGUAACACCUCGAAUCCGAUAGCAUAUUUCGACGAUGGUAACACUGUGUUCAACAUUACUGGCCCUGGUACCUUCUACUUCACCAGUGGGGUCAAUGGUCACUGCCUCAAAUUGCAGAAACUUGCAGUUUAUGUUGCUUCGAAUGGGACGUCGUCAUCUUAUUCUGCCGAGUCUCCAUCCUCACUACCUCAAAAUUCAUCUUCUUAUCCUGCAGUCUUCGGGCCGACGGGCUCAACGUCAUUGGCCGCGCCAGCCAUGGUUGCUGUAUCUCCGUAUCUUAUAGCUUCUUUCCUUUUCUCUCUUCACAUCUUAUAUUGGGUAUAAAUCAGUCAUUAAGCAGGAGAGGUCUGCUUUUCUGGGGAUGGUAUACAUAAGUCUCUGCUGGUUUUCAUUUUACUUAAAAUUUCUGUUAUCUCUUGUCUGAAAUUGGAGAUCUAUCUUUUAUUCUUUGGUCUGGUGUAAUUCAAUAAUCUUAGUGCAGAAACCAAACUGGGGGAUCAUGUUAAUUAUUUGGUUAUUCAUACAUAAGCAAUUCGAAACCUUUCAGUAUUGAUGCUUUUUGAA